AUGCAUAACUGUCCAUUAGACGAGUUCAAUAAUCAGGCGGAAAGUUGUAAACAUGUCCACGGGGAAUAUUCACGAAUUUCCACCAUAACCAUGAUGCAGCCGUUUUGUAUGACAUUACUGUGUAUGGUGUCGCUUUGGUGCGUGGUCCAAGCGAUCAAAAUUCAGACUUACAACGUUGGCUUCAUCAGCUUUAUCGACAACUAUGAAGAACGAAAAGAAAACGCCAUCCGGGCACUAAGAUCUGGAGAUUAUGACGUCAUGUGUCUUCAAGAGAUGUGGUACGGAGAUGAUAUUGACAGGCUUAAAAAGAAACUGGGAAAGAGCAUUACAGUUUACACACCACCUUUGUACCAGGAAAGGAUGUUUGGGGGGUUCCUGAAAGCUCCCCCCUGUCACAACGCACCAAUAACAGCAGCAUGUAUAGCUCUAAAAUGUGCAGACCUGGCGAACAAUUAUGCAGCGCUUGCAAAUUGUACUGUUGAGUGUGGACUUAUGUCUGAAAGUCAAGGAUGUAUAACCUGUCUGUCGGUUUCCAGUUGGACUCCGUUACGUUGUUUUAACUACUGGAAAGGGGAAUCGAUAAAUAUACCAGGAGUUGUUCUCCUUAGCAAAAGGAAGGUGACCUCAGUAAAGACGGUCUUCUUUGAACCAAACGUGAAGCAGUUAUCACGACGGGCGUAUAUAGAGGCCGAGAUUGAAGAUGUGGGUACCGUCUUCUGCAGCCACUCUACGUCCAACGCUAAUACGGAAUACUACGAACCGCAGCUCCGACAUCUGUACUCCAGUUUGGCUGAACAAAAUCUCGCAGACUCUCGCAAAUUAAUUGAAGCAGCUCUCCAGGCAGACAAACCUGUGAUCAUGGGGGAUCUAAAUACUGGCCCUGAAAUACCAGCCAACAACAUCACUAACGAAUUUGAGGAUUCCUACAACGAAUUCCUGUCCCAGGGCUUCCAGUCCCCGUAUGUUACCAUGGUGGGAAAAUGUACUUUUUGUCGUAAGAAUCCUCUUGUUGAAGACUGGGAAUAUGAUGAAGUGCUGGAUCACGUGUUGGUCAGAAAUCACACAGUUCUGGGUGCCAAGCGGAUAUACGACCAAAACAUUCCUGGUAAAGAUUUCCCGAUGUCCGAUCACUAUGGCGUGGAGGUAGAAGUUGGAAACUGA